GAGUGAAUGGAUAAGGUUAUGGUGAACAAGCAAGCUGCCAUUAACAGAGUAGGAAACUCCCUAGGAUGUUGGGAAGCCGAAAAUGGGAAUUUAUCUGAUGCCCUUUACCAGAAAUAUCUACAAGAUUCUUCAAACAUGUACCCAGAACAAUCGUAUAAUAUGUUCAUGGGGAGUAACAGGUUCAACAUGGCUUGUUCUUAUGACAUAGAUGAUGUUGAUGCUGCUACCACCAGUGACUCAUCUGAGACAGAUUUGCUUUGGGAAUUCAAUCGUUCCAAGCUUAGCAGCAUAACCAAUGGGAUGGAAUCAAAUACCAAGGAACCUACUUUAAAAUCAGCAAGGAGUCCUGAACUAAGCAAAAGUUUAUAUCCUAUGUCAGGGCCAUCACCCUCUAGGAAACUUGCAAAUGGAGUUGGCCAGCAAUUGAACCGAAACGGUAGUCAACCAACUGCUUCUGAUGGUAAACACAAAACUGGAGGUUGUGUAGAUACGUCCUGCUAG